AUGCAUCGAUCUGCACUGUCUCAAAUCUCAGUCAAAAGUUGGGAAGGCCUCCAAAUAUUUCAUCGGCCGAUCGAUCGACCUGCACGCCGGUACGGCAGAAGCAGAUCGAUGGCUGGAUGGCUGGAUCAGGAGGGGCUGGACUGGACGAAUGCAUGGCUUUCACGGGCUUUGGUCCUUUUGAGCUUCUCCACGCAUCUUAUCGUCAUCCUAUGUGCCGGGGUACGUCGGCAUAAAUCCUCCGGUGUGCGGUGGUUCUUUCUGUGUGUGAUGUUCCCGCUGGCCGAGAAGGCCUCCACAUAUGCCCUCAGCAAGCUGUUCUUGGGCAGCACGUCAAGCGAGCAGCAGAAGCUCAUCGCGUUCUGGGCCCCAUUUCUGCUGCUAAACCUUGGUCGUGGAGACAACAUCUGCGCAUUAUACUUGCAGGACAAUGAGCUCUCAAAUCGUGAAGCGGUGGGUGCCACCCUAGAAGUGGUGGCGUCCAUCUAUGGGGCAUACGCGCAUCUUGGAGGCGACACUUCGUUGCUACCAGCGUUCUUGUUUAUGCUUGUCUUGGGGUUGUGGAAAUACUGGGAGAGAGUCAAGGCGCUACAGAAAGGCAGAAUGGACACAAUUCGGAGCACAAUCGAGGAGGUCGAGGGCGAUCAGCCAGUUACUAUCUACCCAAGUUUACAUCUGGAGUGGGAUAACAAGAAAGCUCUGGAAUCUGCACACUCCCUCCUCCAUAUCACCAAGGGUGCCUUCACUGAUAAGUCGUUCACACUGAAAGAAGUGGAACCAAAUGUCAAUCAACCUUCCUGGAAGGGGAUAUCCGCUGGAGAAUGGAACAACUUUAGCAAGGUGGUGGAGAUGGAGCUCUCUCUCAUGUAUGAUAUCAUGUAUACCAAGUCAACGAUGGUCCAUACAUGGAUGGGCUACUUCAUCCGUUCCAUUUCACCGAUCGGCACCACCACUGCAUUCGUGUUGUUUUCCUUGCACGGUAGAGAUGGCCAGUCCAGGGUUGAUAUCAUCAUGACUUACAUCUUGCUGGUUACCACCUUCCUCCUGGAUAUGAUAUGGCUGCUCACAGCACUAGGCUCCAGCUGGGCAUAUGAAGCCGUGAAAGAUACAAAGAAGCCUCUGCUCAUGCUCAAGGUGCACAAGAUCUGUCGCUUCAUUCUGUAUCUGGAUCCAUCCCGGCUCUCCUUGUCCCGGCCUCAUAUCAGGCCGAUAGGUAGCCACAGGAGGUGGUCAGGCAUCAUCGGGCAGUUCAACUUGCUGCUUGACUGUACUGGGGAAGCCGAUGAGAAUUCAACUUCAUGGAAAUUAGGCGAACUGGUGGUGAAAAAGCUUGCAUCCGAUGAGUAUUGGAAGGAAUACCGAUAUUGUUACUUGAGGGGCCUCAACAUUCCAGAACCUGAAAGGGACAAGUUGUUCAAACGGAUAUUCGAAAAGCUGAAGUCACCGUUUGGAAAAAACAAGGAUAAUAAGAAGGAAAAGGAGACCCUGCUACCCCUGCAACCAGCCUGCCCCCCGCCCAUGGCACCACAGUUCCACUGCCACCACCAACACCCCUGCUACCCCUGCCCCAACCCCGGUUACCCUUGCCCCGCCCCCGACGCCUACUACAACCCCGGUUACCUUUGCCCCGACGCCUACUACAACCCCGGUUACACCGGUUUCCCUUGCUUUGACGCCUACUAUGACCCCGUUUACCCCGCCGAUUACAUUCCCUGGAUUCUCCACUGCUACCCGUUGCCGGUGCCGGAGACACUCAUGACAGAAAGGAAGGAGGGAGUUAACAUCAGAAGGGACAGGGCAUUAGACGAACAUCUGGGAUUCGAUCCAGAAUUGUCUGAGGUCAUUCUGACCUGGCACAUCGCAACAGAUAUUUUCCUGCAGUGCAGCAAUAAGGACGAUCCAUUGCCAAAAUAUAAGGAAGUGAUCAAGGCGCUGUCGGAUUACAUGAUGUUCCUCUGGGUUGUACGCCCAGCCAUGCUGCCAGGCCUUUUGCUUCGUAGCCACUAUGAACACACGAGGAAGACUCUGGUUGGAAUAUGGGAAUCUGAAGAUUGUAAGAAUCAUUGCCCUGAAGGAGGUUGCGUCACAGAGAAGCAUCGUCUUGCAAGUUUCCUUCUGGAGAAGGAUAAGGGGGCCGCUGAAAGCAGCAGCAGUAGCAGCAGCCAGAGUCAUUCCGAAGAGAGUCUGUUUCUUUCGGAUGGCAUUCAGUAUGCCAAGGUGCUGCUACUUCUGCAUAGGGAAGAUACGGAAAUGGCCGGAAUUCUCAAAAAGGUUAAGAUGGGGAAGCAGUUAUCUAAAAGACUUAAGAAGUUGAUGCCGGAGCUGUGGUCUCCUAAGUGGAGCACGAGAAAGAAACCAUCUGAAGAACUGUUGAGUCUCAUCUUUGACGCAUGGGUCCGUUUGCUUAUCUUUGCAUCCAAACGGUGUAGCAGGGAUUCACAUGCCAAGCAGCUUGGCAGUGGCGGUGAGCUCAUAACCAUUGUUUGGAUCCUGAUAGAACAUGCCAGCCUACUUCACAUCGAUAACACAGAUUGA